GUCGACUACGACUUGGUCAAUGAUAUUUCCAGUGUUAUCAUGUCGAAAUCAAUUCGUUUUCGGUGAUCAAUUCGUUUUCGGUGAAUGAAGUCAAGUAUUUGCGGCUCAAAAGCAAGGGUAAAGUUUCGAUGAUGUUGGUGGAACACGUAAAUGUCGGCUGUGUGUGCUCGUCGGUGGUGGGUGAUUCGGUCACGUGGUCCAAGGUGUCUGUCUGGUGCCUCUUCGUCAAUCUGUUGUCGCGAUCGGUUUAUUUACUGACCAUACGCGAUCGGUUUAUACUGACCAUACGCGAUCGGUUUAUACUGACCCACCUGGAUUCUAUCUCCUCAGUCACCUGCUUCCCAUCUCUCCCCCCUCUAGUUGUAUGAUAAAUUUUCAUCUUCUGGUAUAUCUUCCUCUGGUCUUUCUUUUUUCUAGUUAGGUCCGUCGGCUCCGCCACAAUGUAUUGCGUGUUAGUCUUACAACUAGUGGGAACUACAACAGAAAUAGCAUCUCGUCAAUUGCGGCAAAAAAGAUCCAAAAAAAAAUCUUGAUGUUGGAUGACACUGACCCAUCCAAAUCUCUCCCAACUUCAACCACACUUUUUAUCCGAGUAGUACUUACAGUUACACGACGCGCCUCAUCGUUCAUUGUUAGAUCUUCUUCGUAGUUGUUGGCGUAGUAGAUGUUCCAAGAACUUCUUUGUUAUGGCUCUCUCCCUUAGGUGGGGACAGCCAUAACAAGCGAGAUAUAUAGAAGUCACACGUUGAAAUGCAAAGGCUAAUAAAUGCCAAGAACAAACACCUCAAGAAUAGGUACAAUCAUCAUCAUCAUCAACACCAAAAAGCUACCUCCAAAUAAAGAUGUCCUCUUGUUCCUCCUCAUCGUGGGAGUUAGAUGCGAUGCCUCCUAUGGAUGGGGUAAUGCCAUCCUCUAGUUCUGCCGAACAGGGUGCUGACCAAAUCAGUGAAAGCGCAUCGUCGUCAUCAGGCGAGAGGAACAGAGGCCGACACUUGCACGUCGGUCGUGGAAAUCCAGGGAGUCUCAUAAAGUUAUGUCGUCGAGUAACUCUUCAAUCACUAUUCACGACACUACCUAUAAUUCCUACUGCUCAUGUUCUAUUUACUUCUGCCGUCCCUGCUAUAUGCAUAUUUAUAUUUUUAACAUGUGAAUCUUCUGAAUUCUAGCAUCUUCGGGUAUCGGAAUCGCGGCUAGGGUACAGAAUAAGAUGUCUGUGGGGUAGGCAUACAGUUUCAUCAGCUAGAAAUCACGCUACCUAUUCCUACUGCUCAUGUUCUUACUUAUUCCGACGGCCCUGCUAUAGCAUGCAGUCUUGUUGUAUAAUGUUCAACUCUUCUUCUUCAUUCCCCAGUAAGAAGCGACGAAGCUCGAAUGGAGGUCACCAACCGGAGUAUAUAGUUGGCAUGGGUGCGCAAGGUGGAGAACAAGGUCAAGGUGUAGAAGCAGGAACAUCGUUUCCAGGCGAAGUGAAUCGAGUAGAAGAUUAAGGCUACCAAUCUAGUAUAAUUAACUAAUCUAUUGAAUUCAUUAUGUGUUCAGGAUACUUGUUGAUAGUUACCCUUUUCUCUUGUCUAUCUUCCUCUGGUCUUUCUUUUUUCUAGUUAGGUCGGCUUCACCACAGUAUGCGUUCGAAGGUGAGACCUAGCAUGGGGCUGACCGGACUACGAAAGCGCCGGCGCUUGGUUAGUUUCUUUAGAUCGAUAACCUUUGCUUUGUCUAAGUUUUCUUUUUCUAGUUAGGUCUGCUCCACCGCAAAUAUGUGCGGAUGCCUCUAGAGAGAAUCAAUUACAGAGAGAAAAAGUAGGAGGAUUUCGGACACAGGGAUGGAUUACGGAUAGCUCUAAGAAGAUGCGAAUCGUCCUAGUGGGAGAGCAAUGAAAAGGCCACUCGGUGAGGAUCAAGGCAGUAGGAGUCGGAGUCGGCGUAGGCAGUCACCGGAAGACGAUGUGGAAAAGGCAAGAGGACAUGAGAAUAGCUUAUGGACCAUAAGACCAUUGCUGCUCUAGUAAUCCUAGUGUUAUGAGUUAGGCUCCUUAGGAAUCUAACAAAGAUUGACUAAUCCACCAGCGUCUAGAAAAACUGCAUUAGUCUAAAUCGCCAGCUGCACUUGCUUUUUCUACUACUUGUAAGAUUGCUCUGCACUUGAGGACGCUUCCACUUUUAAGAUUGAUCUACCUCAAGACCAGGUAAAUGAAUGAAUGAAUGAGAUGAAACUUGUAAGAUUGAUGCUGUUCUGAGAUCCCCAACAGAAGUUAGAGUUGUAAGUACUUGCAUACAUAGAUGAGUGCCUGAUGUGUGGAAACCUGCAUAGUCACUUCUCUCCUCCAUAAUCACUUGUCCCUCAAUUUCCUCAAUCCUCCAUAAUCACUUGCGCACGUGAUGAAUUGCAAUCACAGACUGCAUCUGGAGUCCUCUGUACUUACCCCUCGAUUUUUGGGUACACUACUCGUCCUAGUACUACUACAUAAAGAAAUUGAACCUUUGUUCAACCCUCCAUUAUAGUCAUGUCUCUCCUUCAUACGCCACCGACGACCCCGCGAACCACGUUGGACGAUUACUAGGUGGCAGCACGCCUCAUGGGCAUAUGCACGAGUUCGCUGGUCAAACGGCGGGUGCUGACACUAUCACCCGUAGGCGAUGCUGGAACGAUGCACGCGAGGAAGGCAUGAUCGCACAUGCAAGACAUUCGAGUUAUGCUGAUGGUGGUCUAGAGAACGAAAAGCUCUGUUCGAAUAAUACUAUACUAAAGAGUAUCUAUUAUAGAAGAGGUAAAAAUACUAAAGUAUUAUAGAAGAGGUUGCACGAGCAGCGUAAGAACACACACACAUUUAUUUGAAGAUAUAUAUUUAUAAUUCUUGUCAACAACUACCUCAGUAAUAUAGAAAGGUACAACAUCUUCCCCUUUCAUCCGCUUUCCUUGGAUCCGGCGGCUCCUAGCUCAGAGGUUGGCAUGAUGUACAACUUGAGCACGGUGAAGAAGGGCAACGUGGCACCCGACUUCUGCUCGAUGUUUGCACUGACUGAUAGUCGUUGGGCACCAGCCAAAUACGAAAUCCUUUCAGAGGGGGAUGACGAACAUGACCUUUCCACCGUCAAAGUUAAGUCUGCACUUCGUAAUAUAAUUACAUCCCUUGAUGUUCUUCCUAUAAUAUCGAUAUCCCACUUUCUUGAGGGGCAUUCUUUUCCUUUCUGGAAAGCCUUUAUUUCAUAGCAAAGAGAAAUCAAUGUCGCCUACUAGGACCACGAUGCCUACUAGGACCUGCACCUCUUCUAAGAAACGGUGUAUGUCCCUGAUGAAGCAUGCAAGCGGAAUUUACAUCACAGUCCUGUUUCACAUGGUGAUCACCGUUGGCGUGUUAGUGUCCUUCCGCUUAGCUGAGAAGGUGACGGAGAGACGAAUAUUCCGGAAUAUAGUUGACGAAACUGUGGUGAAUCUAGUCACGGGGAUUGUGGCUUUUGCCCUCGUUUUCCGAAUCAACCUGGCGUAUGCGCGAUGGUGGGAUUCUAGAAGGUCGUGUGAGGUACGCACCUACUAUGUAUAAGAUAGGUCGUGCUUGUUCAUUGUUAUCAUAGAAAUAGAUUUUCAUCGUAGAAUAUACAAUUUUUCCCCCUUAAAAAGGAACAAUACCACGUGAGGAUGCGUAGUUAUAACAUGGAUUACUUAUUACCUUCGGUCACUCUGAGAGUGAGUAGCUUCUUGUAGAUGAUAGCAAAUGUAAAACUCCUGUAGAGAAUUAUGCCGCGGCUUCAUAAUUUUCCACAAUCAACAAACGGUUCCCACCUCUUACUCUCCCAGGAUUUUGCAGCGAAGUUUUUCAUCGCGUCCAACCUAGCCUUCUGCUUCGAUCAAUUUACCGCUGCUUCCUAUCGUUCCAAGAACACCUUUCGGUUGCGACUGGCAUCACUCUACAGUCUUCUCCACGCUGAGGCCCUAAAUUAUGGUUGUAAGAAGCAAUGCAUCUUCUUCUUCAAGAAAGUCAUCUGAAAGAAGCCGACAAGAGGGAAAUGGCACCUAGAUCUAGAUGAUCUACCGGGUCUCGAACCCUAGGUAGUUUGCUUGAUAGGUGGUUUAGGCGGUGGCCUGUUCACUUGUCACAUAAUUUCCUACAUUUGCUCUAAUCAAAAGAGCUCGGCUCCAUGGUGGAACUUCCUUGCUUGGGAUCACGAAUGUUGAACCAGAAGCAAGUGCAGAUGUCGCUUGGUGGUCCAGCAGGGGCCUUCGACGCCAAUGGCCGGUUACCACGCGGAUUGCAAGGACGGUAGCGGAUUCUUAUAGAUAUUAUUGCUUUGAGUUGGUUUCACUUUUCUUGCUUCUUCCUAAAAAGUGCCUUCCCUCGUGAUUUUUGCCACUUGAUUUCUUUUGAUCUAAGGAAGGUCCGUUACUGAGGACCAAAUUGAAAUCCGAGCUUAUAAUCAGGUAUUCUUCCGAUACCAUCGCCCACAAUGUGCCAGCUACGAGGAACGGCGUAGCUCAAUGUUACAUUUGGGUCGUUAUGCUCACCUCUGGACGCUUCUCAGGAGCUCAUCAUCUCUCCCCUCCUGUGAUUGCCCGCUUGUAUUCGCUAUUGGAUGAAGGUAUGAAAAUGAAUUAUAGAUACAACUCAUACUUUUAGCUGAAGGCAGCUCGAGUAAGAAAUUAAAAUUAUCGGUUUAGCUGAAGGCUCGAGUAAAAAAUCCCUGGUAGGUAAGUUCUUGUAGAUGUUGAUGAUUACAGGUGAUACAUAUGGAGUAGAAAAGUACAUAUCGAUGACAUAGAAGUAGAAAACGAAAAGUACAUCAUAGUUUGGAAUAUAUUCAUUGAUUCCUAUUCAUUGUUUUCUUGAAAAGCGCGACUUCACGGCCACCAGACGGUAAUUUUUUGAUAUCUGAAUCAGGUAUAGCGUCUUACUUCGAUGCCUUGGUGGUUCGGACAACGCCUUUCCCGUACCCUUUCAUGCAAAUCAUCAAUUUUGGACUCUUUUUGAUCAAGAUCAUCGUCCCCGUUGUGGUGCAUCAGACUGGCGUAGCACUAGUCUGGGCAAUACCUCUUACAUGUUUAUGGAAAGAUGAGUCUUUGACAACUACAUCGAUAAUGCGCAUAUGAUAUGGAUAAAAAUGUCCUCCAGAAAGUUUAAGAACCAGCGAUGAAUAUAGUCGCUUGAUUCAGUACACAAGACUACUCACUCUGACUCGUCAGUGCUAGCUGCUUCUACCUCCUUCAUAAUAGUUCUGUCCUACUCCUCCUUCUAGACCACCUAGAAGAGCAACUUGGCAAGAACCCGGCACUUCUAACAACCUGUUGCGUCUUCGGUUUCUUUGGGAUUGGUCGGGUGGCUGAGGAGUUGGAGCAGCCUUUUGGAUCGGAUUUCUACGAUCACCCACUGGAGAAUUGGCAGAUCGAUUUUGAUUUGUGCCUCUUGGAUUUGGUGGAGAAUCAGUCCUUUGAGGUGCCCAGAGUCGACUUGCCGCCACUGCUCACGAGGGAUAUUCUGCAUUUGGAAAGUAAUAAUUGUCGACAAUUUUCUUCUCAGAACAUGAUUUUGUGGAAGAAGAAUUCUGCAUUUGGAAAGUACUAAUUGUCGACAAUUUUCUUCUCAGAACAUGAUUUUGUGGAAGAAGAAUUCUGCAUUUGGAAAGUACUAAUUGUCAUUCAUACGAAAUGUAAAUACCUCCAGGAGGCGCACUUGUUGAAUUCAACCGUUGUUGUCCCAUCACAGGUGAUGAGGCAGGCCCAUCUCCAGCUGCAGAAGACGUGA